UAUUAUGCUGUACAACGGAAAAUGUACGGAACGUCUUAUCGAUUUUCCCUAUCAAUCGAUAAAAAACACUCAAAAACUUCUCAUUGCCAUAUCCGACAGUAGUGUAACAUAAAUUAUAGAGACAUGUCUUCGUGAAAAAAAGUUAUGUAACGAUGUUUAGUGCGGAUAUUGACAUGGAUAAGACAUCAUGGAUAACUCCUUUCAAAAAGCAGUGCUUCGUGACAGCGGGGGUGUCUCUAAACCUCGCAUCGCAUGGUUUGGUGAUGGGAUUUGCAGCCAUCUUAUUACCACAGCUUGCUCUUCCGAAUUCUCUAAUACCUAUUGAUGACGUGUCAGGAUCAUGGAUAGCCUCAAUUUUGGGAUUCGCAUUAGUGGCAGGAAAUUUUAUAGUUCCUUCUAUCAUGGCCAAAUUUGGUAGGAGAACUGCUAACUUGGUCAGCAUAGCACCCAUGAUUAUUGGCUGGUUCUGUAUCCUCACUGCCUCAAGUAUAACAACUCUCUUAAUAGCCAGAUUCCUUCAAGGCCUCUCAAUGGGAAUGAGUUCGUCGCUGGGUCCAGUCUUAAUCGGAGAAUACACCAGUCCGAAAAACCGUGGAGCAUUCUUAACUAUUAUCUCGUUGUCAAUCGCAACAGGUGUUCUUUUCGUCCAUACCUUAGGUUUAUACUUCACUUGGCAAAUAACAGCUUUGGUUAUUGUUUUCAUAGUUUUUGGAGAUCUUCUAAUUGUUAUAUACUCCCCUGAAUCGCCAAGUUGGUUAGCUGAUCAAGGCAGAUACGAUGAAUGUAGAGAAGUGUUCAAAUGGCUCAGAGGAAAUGCAGAGGAUGACGAAUUAGAAAAAAUGAUCGAAUCAAGUAAAAUCAUCAGAGAGGCCAAAGCUUUGACAGAGGAGUCUGGAUCAUUUUGUAAGAGAUUAAAAAGAAACAUAGCAUAUGUGAAUACGACCUUAAGAAAAAAAGAAUUUUAUAAACCGAUUUUUAUAAUGAUCCAUAUAUACACAUUAGGUCAAUGGUCUGGAGCAAAUCUUUUAGCCGCUUACACACUUAAAAUAUUUACAAAUAUAGUUGGUACAGGUACUAAUAUAUCUCUAAUGAUUAUAAUUUUGGAUAUCCAAAGACUCAUCUCGAAUUCAGUAGCUUUGUUUGUGAUAAGGAAGGUGAAACGACGCACUAUGUUAUUUGCAACAGUUUCGAUUAACCUGUUCGCUUUUCUAGUCACAGCUGCUUACACUUAUUUCAAAAGUCAGAACAUGCUACCAUAUGACCAUCCCUUCAUCGGAAUAUUGUUAAUUCAUACACACAUGUUCUCUAUAGCUACUGGUACGGUACCACUGCCUUUUAUAAUAGCUGGAGAACUAUUUCCAUUAGAGUAUAGAAGUUUGGCGGGAGGACUGAGCGUUCUCUUCUUGUCAUCGAAUCUUUUUAUAACGGUCAAAACCGCGCCAUAUUUGUUUAGUAGUGUAGGAAUAUAUGGAGCUUAUCUCUUGUAUGCGGGAGUUGUAGGUUAUUGCCUUGUCGUAGUAUUGUGGUUAUUACCAGAAACUAAGGAUAGAACUUUACUAGAGAUCGAAAAUGAGUUCAGAGGACAACCACUGUCUCCCGAAGAACUAAAAUCAACCCAAUCUCUAACAUCGUUUAAGCAUUUCAAUAUGGACAGACGGUGUAGUAGCCCUGUCAUAUAAAAUUACAAUUGACGUAAUUGUCGUCGUAUUAUCAUUACGCUAAUGAUGACUAUAAAAUUUUUAUUGUAGUGAUUUUAACCCUAUAAACGAAAUGUUUAUGGCGUGGAUUGUGAUGCAAAUUCGUAUAUAAGUACUGAUAAGCGGUUUAAUGCGAAUUCAAAUAGUUUGUUGCAUAUAAAAUGACAAAACACUUUGUAUACUUAAAAACCAUCUUAUAGCCAAAUUAUUCAAAGUUAAUUUACAUCUGA